CAGCCACAAACCUAUUCUCCUUCACACCCAAACAAAAAAAAAACGACUAUGGAGACUCCGCCGUCAACUCCCCUCCGCCGUAGAAUCUCCGUUGCGACGCCGACGUCUGUGAUCACCUCCGAUAUCCCUUUCGCAAUCGAAUCUCCAUCGUCGUUCGAUUUCGACCUUAUCUCCAUAAAACCACCUUCCUUCGUAACGUACACAUCUCUCAGAGACAUCAUCUCGUCUCCGAGCAACUCCUCCGUCAAGCUACCGUCUAUUAACGGCAGCAGCUCUCCAGUCUUAUCCACCGUCGGAGAUAUAUCGAUACGCGACCCGCUCGUUAAGCAGGCCGCGUGGUCUUAUCUACAGGCGACGGCGCAGACUUCGUCGGAGGACUCGGCUGGGUGUCAGUUCCUCCGCCGCGUGUGGAUUCACUUCUCCGCCGGAGUAGAGUUCUUGAGACGUGUGUUCGAGUGGAUUCUACAUUCGAUCUGUGCUCCUCAGAUUGUUAAGUAGAGUUGAUGAACACAAUUGUUUUUGUAUACAAUAAAAUCAAAAGAUUUGAUUUCGAUUUCUAAAUUGUAUAGUUUCGUUCUGUUACAUGAUUCUCUCAACAGGUCCGGUAUGAUCCGGUUUGGAUUUACAAAUUUAAAUUGUGAUGAACCGGUUAUUACGACCGGUUAUUUUAAUCCUAGUACUCUGCUACAAGCUAACGGAGAAACAUGAACGAAGCUCCUGCUUUUUGUCUCUCUUUGGACUUUAA